CGCCGGGUGUGUCCGGCGUCAGCUGUUCGCUCGGUGGCGUCGCGAGGGAGCGGCCGAGAAACCAUGGAUCUGGUCCUGCUGUCGGACGUGGUCGAUAGUUUUUGACGGAUUCAGGCCCUCUUCAUUUGACCCAGGAUAAAAAGAUGGCUUAUAGAAAGGUACGUGCAGGCCUCAGCGGCUCUAUGCACUCGCAAGGCUUGGACAAGGAGGAGAUACAGACUGCAUCUUUGGAGCUUGAGUGGGACAUGGAGAAGGAGCUGGAGGAGCCAUGUGCAGAUGGUUUCCAGCUGGAGCCUGCUGAGAAUCGCAUUGCAGGUGGUUCUCCUGGGGUCGCAAUCCCAGAGCUGGACCACAUUGAGCCCUCCGUGUCCCCGCAUGGACGCUUUGAGCGACUAGAGGAGGAUCCUGAUUAUGUCACCCACUUCACCAGACCGAUAUCGAAGGGUCAGCGGAACAGUGUCUGUCCGGUUGUCCGGUACCUCUUGGUGGGCACGGCGCUCUUUGUCCUGGGCCUGAUUGUGGGCCGAUUCACACGCAGCACUCCGGGGUCAGUUUCCGCACCACCUGCAGACACUGAUUUCUACCAGAGAGUACUGUCGGACAUCACUGCUGAGAAGAUAAGGGCUCAUGUAAGGGCUUUGAACUCUUUAUCUACUGAAGAUGGGGAGCUAUCCAGGGCACUGUAUCUCCUCAGGCAGUGGACAGAGCUGGGGCUGACAGAUGUGCACUUGGUAAAUUACAGCGUUCUCCUCAGCCUGCCAUCUUCCUCCCCAAACACCAUCACCGUCAAGACCAGCGGUCAGUGUUUCUAUCCCAACCGGCAACCUUGUCACACUGGGAGUCCUCAGCCUACCUCCAACAAUCAGCUAUUCUCCUUUGCUGCUUACUCUGCCUCGGGAACUCUAGAGGGUGAGAUGUUCGACGUUCAGUAUGGAAACAUCCAAGAUCUGAGUAAAGCCAAUGCAUCCACCAAUGGCACUAACAAAAUUGCACUUUUAAAACUAGGACAAGCACCCUUACUGUAUAAGCUCUCCUUGCUGGUUGAGGCAGGGUUUGCGGGGGUGCUGACCUACGUUGACCCCUGUGACCUCCCGAGACAAGAGGAUCUACAAAGUAAAGCCUUCAGCAUCACCCUGAACCCAGGAGGGGACCCGUCCACACCAAUGUACCCCAGCAUCGCUGGAAGUUACCGGGAGCUACGGGCUGACCUGACUUCACUGCUCGUGCAGCCGAUCUCGGCCUCCCUGGCCAGGGAGCUUCUUUCUCUUCCGGAAUUCCUGAAGAAAGGCCACUGCAUCCCACUGGCUGCACCAGCUACACAAGUUAGAAAGACCAUUGUAUUAACCAUUGGGACAAAGACCUCAUACAAGACAAUCCACAAUGUCAUAGGAUACUUGAAAGGGGCAACGAAUCCUGAUCGAUAUGUGCUGGUGGGUGGUCGCCAUGGCAGCUGGCUUGGGGAUGCUAUGAAUGAGUGGAGCGGUGGCGCUGCUGUCAUGACCCAGAUCAUUACCUCCUUGACCAUACAAGCCAGGAAAGGUUGGCAGCCGGACCGUACCACUGUUUUCUGUUCGUGGGGAGGAUCUGAAUUCGGCAAUAUUGGCUCCUUUGAGUGGGGAGAGGAGAACCAGGUGGUACUGCAGAGCAACGCCGUUGCCUACAUAAGUCUACACCAUCCUGUCAGUGGCAAAGGGCCCUUGCAUUCCGUGGCCUCACCAUCUCUACUGCAGUUGGUGUCAGACAUCCAUAAGAAAUUGUUGAAUUGCACAAGAAGAGGAAACUGCACCGGACCUAAUGUCAACUCAGUACAGACCUCAGGGGAUGUCAACUUUUUUGCCAACCAUCUGGCCAUCCCAACUGCUGAAUUUGCAUUUCAAGAAACUUCAGCAGGAAAGAAAACAAGCUUUCUCUCAGAGGCCUUUUUUCCUGACAAUUCAUCAGUAUUGGAGACCUUGGAUCCCUCCUUCAGCUUGCAUGAGACAGUUGCCAAGGUUACAGGAGCAGCCAUUCUACGAGUCGUGUCUGAUCCUGUUCUUCCAUUUUAUCCUUUGGAUAUUGCCUUGGAAAUUCAGAAUAAACUAAAAGGUGGAGAGCUGAGCUCGGAGGAGCUGCUGCAGAAGGCUGCUUCUCUGAGGGAGAGUACCGCGUUCUUCCAGUCGGAGAUGAUGCGUCCUGCCAAUGACCCCAAGGAGCGAGACCCCUCCCAUGUGCGCAUGCUCAAUGAUGUGCUGCGAGACCUCGAGAGGAGCUUCACUGUCCCUCAGCCACCUCCUGGAUUGUACAGGAACAUACUGUACAAUCUGAAUGUACAUGCUACAGAGUUCUCUAUCCUGAAAGAUGCCCAAGAUAUGCAAAGACAGGACAAGAUGAAUCAGUCACUGUCCCAGGUUUUAAAUGCCAUUAACUCAGCUGAGAGGCUGAUCAGAAGUGGGCUGGAACUAUUUGAGAAUGAUCCUACUCAGACAAACUGAUGCACGGCGUUCAGGCUGAUAGCGCUUACUGACAAAUGCCCCAUGGAUAACUACAACCUUAUACUGCAGAUAAUCCAUUUUUUUUUUUUUAAAUAUACAUACUGAAAAGAAUAUGCUACAAAAAUGCUUUAAGAAAAUGUCAGUUAUAUGUUGUCAGUGAAUCUAUCCGUCUCUGAAGAAGUCCUGGCUUGGGGCAAUUUCAGUGAACUAAUAGAUGUCAAAUAUUUCUGGCACUGAAAUUGUCAGGCAUUGUUUCUAAAAGCACUUUUGCUAAAAGAAUAAUAACAAAUACGGUACGAUACGAAAAACCUGCACUUAAAAGCCUGAAGGAUGCAGCUAAAAAAUAAUCACCCCACAGCCAGGGAAUGGAGGACUGGCAGAAACAUAUGGAGCACACCAACUAAGUAAAUCUACUUGACAGAAGCCUUGGAGGAUGUAACAGAUUGCCAUUUAUCAAGUGUGAAUGCAAUCUUUGGAGUAUUACAGCAUUUCAGUUCUUCCGAGGGUUUUAAAACACUUGUAUG